CUAAUCUUUGUGUGGACGUGUGCUUUCAUUUCUUUUGGAUAAAUAUUUAGAAGUGGAAAUACCUGAUCAUUUGGAUGCUGUCCUCUCCUGAUGCGAUGGCAUGCUCACGGACCUGCUCCCGCAUCCUGGGGCUGAGCCUUGGGACUACUGCCCUGUUUGCUGCUGGAGCCAACUUGGUGCUCCUCUUCCCUAACUGGGAUGUGACCUACCUGUUGAGGGGCCUUAUUGGCAGGCAUGCCAUGCUGGGCUCUGGGCUCUGGGGAGGAGGACUCAUGGUACUCACUGCAGCUACCCUCAUCUCCUUCAUGGGCUGGAGAUAUGGCUGCUUCAGUAAGAGUGGGCCCUGCCGAAGUAUGUUCACUGCUCUGCUGUCCGGUAGCCUGGCUUUUCUUGGAGCCUUGAUUUGCUUUAUCACUUCUGGAGUAGCCCUGAAAGAUGGUCCAUUUUGCAUGUUUGAUGCCUCAUCCUUCAAUCAAACACAAUUUUGGAAAUAUGGUUACCCAUUCCAAGACUUGCAUAACAGGAAUUAUUUGUAUGAUGACUCCCUCUGGAACUCUGUGUGUCUGGAGCCUUCUAAAGCUGUCAUUUGGCACGUGUCCUUCUUCUCCAUGCUCCUAUGCAUCAGCCUCCUCCAGAUUCUCUUGGUGGUCAUUCAUUUUUUCAACAGCUUCCUGAGUCUUUUCUGCAGCCUUUGUGACAAGUGAUAGGGAAUGUCCUUUCACGCGUGAGAGUUUUCCUCAGAACAGACCUUGAAUCUCUUCUGCAGAAUGGAUUAUAAACAAACUUUCCUUUUAGGUAUUCCUGUAGUGAUAAUAAUGACAAUGAUUCCUUGCACAUGUGUUGAGUGAUAUAUGAAUUUUAAAUCACAUUGUAAACUGCAAGAUGAUGUAUCAGUAGAAGGAAUAAUUAGGUCAUUAUUAUUGUGCAGGAACUUACAGUUCAUCAAAUGUCCUCCAGCUGUGGUCUCAUUUCAGCCUCCUAACAACUCCAUAAAACUGGCCACAUGUCACAGAUAUGGAAGUUGAGGCUCCUA